CAGCUGUGAGCCGUUAAAGAUAAACAGGUGAGCUUCUUCUCUUCAGCGGGACGAACCGUGGCACCGACUGAAUCUCCGGGGAUGCGCACGUCAGUGUGUGAAAUCCACGUCUCCUCUCAGCCUGACUCCGCCUACUUCCUGCGGGUAGACUGGAGGGGGCGGGGCUUAGGCUCUGGCUUCCAGUUGCUGCUGACUGACGGACAGGAUGCGUGGAGAGGAGAAGUGAGCGAGGCGGCCGUGCGUACGGAGGCGGAGGAGCUGGAGAUGCAGAGGGAGCGGUACAUCCAGGACCUCCAGCAGGCGCUGACCGGGACGGGGGGCUCCGUCACCUACAGCUUCACCCUGACGCCGUCUCCACCAGGCCCCGCCCUCACACUGGCGUAUGAGAAGGUGCAGAAGGACAUCUCGUUCAGGUUGGGCUCCGUGUCGCUGCAGGCCAUCCCCGAGCCGGCGGAGGCCGUCAGGGAGUUACUGGUCCACAGUCUGCAGAGGGGGAACACACUGGAGCACCAGAACCAGAACCUGGAGGAGGAGAACCAGAGACUGAGACGAGAACAGCAACGCAUCACUGCCGAACUGAAGCGGUACACCGGUGGUAAAGAGGCGCUGGAGGCGGAGCUCUACUCUCGGUUCAUCCUCGUCCUGAAUGAGAAGAAAGCCAAGAUCCGCAGUCUGCAGGAGACUGUCACACACCUGCAGGAAACCAGACUCCUCCACUCCCAGCCCGUUGGACGACAGCCUGAGGGACAUCACGGACGUGGCCCCCUGCCGCAAACGCCGCGUUCGUCACCUCGCGGCCCCGGAGCCCGCGGUGAAAAGGCCGACCCCGCAGACCUCAAAGGGACGCAGGAUCCAGUAAGCAGCCGACCCCCCAGCGCCCUGCAGAUGCUGCGGCAGCGCGUUCGGAGGCUGAGGACCUGUUUGAGGACUUCUGACCCUUCACAGACCCACAGGAUCACAGGAUCACAUGAUCACAUGAUCACAGGAUCACAUGAUCACAGCUCUGAUGUAGACUGGUAACGCUCUGAUAUUUUUACACUGAAUGUUCGGAUUAAAGGUCAGGGAUUAUAGGAAACUUGUUUUUAAGGAAACAGACGGUGACGAGUGAAAGUUCGUUUCCUCUGUGUUUUGAUGGAGGGUGACGAGAGCAGAGGUCUGAUUACAGCCCGUUUUUAUUCAUCAGGAAGUCUAGCUAAAGUAAAGAGAAGAAGAACGGCCCUGAAUCCCCCCAAAACAACAUCUGUUUACAUUCAAGUGACCCGCUAAUUAACGAUGUCGGGAACAGAGAGAGGAGACGGGUUACAGUAGGACAGCCUGUGAUCCGAGGAGGGAAAUGCAGGAGGUCGGCGUCGAUUGAAUUUGUCGUUUCCAACCAGCUUCGACCACAAUCAUUUCACAACCGUAACCAAGUGUUUAUUAACGGAACCACGGCCACAAAUGUUGCAUCAUCUCGAUGUAGGAGUCACUUUAACCCAAAACAAUGAACCAAAGCUUUCUCUGUUGAAGUCGACCCAAACUUUAACCACCGGAGCUGCACCAUCAAAUCAACAGAUUCAACUGAGUGUCGGAGGCAGAGACGAAUGAGAGUGGAGUCCGAUCAGGAAACACGUGGUCAGGGUCCUGCUGCAGACAGGUAGACCUACCUGUACGUCAUGAGCUGCAUGUGUGGAUCCAGCUUCUUCCUCUGUUUGCUCACAAGCCCAAGUGAAAAGUUCAGAGCGAGUCUUCGUGGUUCUGCUUCUUCGUCCUGCAGCGUCACAGACGGAAAAGCGUCGACUACAUUCAUGCAACGUUUCAAACAAACAAUAUUUUUCCUACAACUCUUUAAAUCUUGUUUUAAG